UUUAUGCUACAAUGUCCCCUGCUCAAUAUUAUAUCCUGAGAUUACAUAAAUAUGCACAUAUGUAUCACUAUAUGAUUGAAGUAGUCAAAGGUCAAAUUGACAAUGCGUAUGGAACUCAAGAGAGUGUUUGCAGUCAGGUUUUGCUGCAACACAUUAUGUUAUUAAUAAUAGUCGAUAAUUCCACAAAUCAAUAUUACUCUUAACAUUAAUUAAUAUAACCAUGUCGUAUUUUAAAUUAAUUCGUUUGACCUUCGCUCUGCUGGCCGCGGUUUUGAGCGCUACGAUGUACAACAUUUUCAUAAAAAAGGAACCUAGCCCCACAGUGAAAGUGAAGGGUGGUGAAAUGCGAGGGAUCAUCAUGAAAUCGAGAGGAGGGCGUGAUUUUUAUGGAUAUUUGGGAAUACCGUUUGCUUUGCCUGCAACUGGAAGCCUGCGUUUCCAGUCUCCAGUGCCAUUUCCGGCGUGGGAAGGAGUGUGGGACGCUUCAUUUAAUCGACCAAUGUGCGCACAGUUCGAUUUCAUGGUAUCCCAAAUUAAAUUAGGAAGCGAAGACUGUCUUUAUCUCAAUGUGUAUGCUCCAGCCAAUAUUCCUGAUGGAAAAAAGCUGCCCGUGUUAGUCUACAUUCAUGGAGGUUACUUUCAUUGCGGCGGAACAGCCUUCCCUGGAGCUCACAAUUUCAUGGAUCAGAAUGUUGUUGUUGUCGUUUUGAGUUAUCGCCUCGGCGCACUCGGGUUCUUAAAUACCGGAGAUGGAGUGGUACGUGGGAACGCUGGACUGAAAGACCAAAAUCUAGCAUUAAAAUGGGUCCAAGAAAAUAUUGCUGCGUUUAAUGGAGACAAAGCUAAAGUGACACUCGUUGGAGAAUCAGCCGGAGGUGCGUCGAUACAUUACCAUAUGCUGUCACCUGCUUCAAAAGGAUUAUUCUCGAGAGCAAUACGGCAAUCAGGAAGCAGUUUAAACUAUUGGACCCUGUAUCGAAACACGAAAACUCAGUCUCAGCAUUUCGCUCGUAAAUUUAAUUGUCCUAUUGGCAAUUCGGAACAAAUGGUUGAAUGUCUUCGAUCACUCGAUGUCACCACGCUUCUCGAAGGACACAGGGGUUUAUCUGCAUACCCAAUCCCCUUGAUUGAACGCUUUGUCCCAUCGCUCGAAACUGUGAAAGAUGAAGAUGCAUUUAUCACUGAAGAACCAUUGGAAAUAAUAAAGUCUGGAACGUUUAACAAAGUUCCAGUUAUGGCAGGCUUCUGUAAUGAUGAAGGGCUUCUUCAUUCUACAGUUUUAUGGGCUAAUCAAAUGAAACUGGACGAAGUAAACGAUUGGUUUUCCUGGGCCCCUAAAGCAUUCCAUUACGAUGCUGCGAGAAAAGAUAUUUCACAAACUUUGAAAGACUUCUAUUUUGGAACUAACAUCAAAAACCUAAACUCCCGAGAUUUAAUUCAGAAUCUUACCAACCUUUAUGGGGACAGACUCUUUAAUGUGGGCAUCUGCCAGACAGCACAUUUAGAAAAUAAACACGUUCCGACCUACAUGUACUUGUAUGGACACGAGGGAGGUUUUAGCAUGGGAGCAUUAAUUGCUGCAUCACAAUCCAAAAUUCAUCCGAUUGUGGGAUUUAUUAUGGAGAGACUUCGAUUCUUAUACGUUACUUCAAUCAUGGGAGAAGAGUAUCGCCAUGAAGUGUCAGGCAUAGGACAUGCAGAUGAGUAUCCACUACUGUGGUCCACCCCACUGUGGGGUGGACGGAUUGAAAAAGCGCUGGUUUUUACUGACAAAGAUGUCGAAAUUUCGAAAGACCUUGUGCAGUUAUGGGUGGAUUUUGCUAUGGACAAGAGCCCCUUAAAGUUCCGGGAUGUGAUUUUUACUCCUUCGGAGGAAGGAAAACCCCUUAAAUUUCUGCAUAUAAAGUACAACGAUCCGAAAAUGAUUGAUGAACCAUUUCAAGAACGCAAAAAGCUCUGGGAGUCGCUUACUAUCCCAGCACAAUAAGAUUUGCAUAUAGAAAUAUGUGAAUACUAUAUUCUAUAUUGCAUGAUUGAUUGGCUAGACGGAAGAUAUAAAUACAUGUGUACAUAAGUAUAUAACUCUACUGCAUACGCACUAUUGUAAAUAUGCAUGAAAAAUAAAAUGUCUUUUUUGUUACCGUUAGGCGUCAAUGUGCCACUGCACUCACACUUCUUCGACCCUUCGUCCCCUUUGCACUCGGAAUUGCUGUAGCAUUGCGCAGUCCCUGCAGCCCCACAAGGUUGAUCAAGGCGAAGAGCACAGGCGGGUGGUGUUACCAGGCUGUCAAUCAUGUGGGUAGUAGGACAGCCACAGGUACUGGUAGCUUGGCAUUCAGUAAACAAUUCAUGGUUGCAUUUGCUGGAUGGUUGUCCUGCAGGGUCAGAAUCGCAUCUCGUACCAAAACCUGCGAGGCACAUUGACCUAUCGGCAAGCACAAAGUAGCCCCCCAUGCAGUCGCAUUUGCUAGUUGUGGGAUUGCAUUCUACAUUAAGACCUUCCCUACAGGCUAAGUAUUCUUCGUCAGAGGUGCAAGAUUGGUCAUAGUCAACAACCUUGACGCAUCUUGUAUCCCCAUCAGGAUUGUACCCAUCAGGAUUGUACCCUUCGUUGCAGGAGCACUUGUAUUCUGCGGCGUCUUGUUUGCAGGAUCCACCAGUGCUGCAAGUUGGUACACCUUCCGUCUCUGGUUGACAUACUUGAUCUAGCUUCAAUGUGCAUGUUCUCUUUAAGAGGUCAAAGUAAAGGGGCCGACUUGGGUCACAUUCACAUUUUUCUGCAACACAAACCAGGAAUUUUUCUGCAUUGCAUUGACUAUUGUCAGUGCAAUCUGUUCCUGGAGUUUCUUGGGAUUGUGACCCUUGAAUUGAGGCCAGCGCCAGGAAUGCGACAAGGAAGAGGUUUUUCGUUAACGCCAUAGCUGAACAAAUAAAUUAAAAUCAAUGUAACCUUUUAUAAAUAGGUGCACAAAAGUGAUUUAAGUUAUAAAACCAUAAACUGUUUUGAAUAUUAAAUAUAAUGUGAUGAUACCUUUUUGUUCUUGUUGUGAACGUGUGUAUAUAUAUUUAUGUAUAUGAUGAUUUUUACUAAAUUCGCACAAUCGGUUGACCUGUUGCUGAUGUUCUGCAAUAAAAGUGGGAUGGUGUUUUCUUUU